CCAAGCGCUUUCGCCGCAGCGUGGUUCAGUUUUUAGUGUUUUAACUUCCGCAGCCUAAGCUUAGAACUGAAGUGAACUGAGAAAUGGGAAAGAAGAAUAAGAAGAGAGAAGCCGAAACAAAUAGCCCAGCUGAAACCCUAACGUAUCUCAGUCCCCUCUACGCCGCCGACGGUUCUCACAAUAAAAAGAAAAAGCAAAAAACCAAAGCAGAGAAAGUAACCGGCGGCGAAACUACAGAUGCCGACGAAAUCCCCACCGUCACCGUAGCCAUCGCCGGCUCCAUCAUCGACAACGCUCAAUCUCUCGAACUCGCCACUCGUUUGGCAGGUCAAAUUUCUCGUGCUGCAACCAUUUUCCGGAUUGACGAGGUUGUGGUGUUUGAUAAUAAGAGUAGUUUGAGGAAUAAUGGUGCUUUUUCUAAUCAAAAUAGUUCCAAUGAAAUCGAUAGAGGGGCGCCUUUUCUUGUUAGGAUCUUGCAGUACCUUGAGACGCCACAAUAUCUGAGAAAAACACUUUUCCCUAAGCAUAAUACCCUCAGAUAUGUGGGAAUGUUGCCUCCGGUUGAUGCUCCACAUCAUUUGCGCAAGCAUGAAUGGGCUUCCUAUCGGGAAGGUGUCACACUUGAGGAAAAUCCCACAAGCUCUGUGGGAACAAUGGUUGAUGUAGGGUUAGAUAAGAAUGUUGUGGUUGAUCAAGCACUUGAGCCUGGAAUACGAGUCACUGUUGCAAUGGGAACUAACCAAAACAUGGAUUAUGAUUUACCUCGACAGGUUGUCUCCUCUUCCAAGCCAAGGAAAGACACAGGUACAUACUGGGGGUAUAAAGUUCGGUAUGCUUCCAAUAUCAGUUCAGUAUUCUCGGCUUGUCCAUACAAGGGUGGAUAUGAUCACUUGAUUGGUACAUCAGAGCAUGGACAAGUUGUUAAUUCAUCACAGCUUAAUUUACCUGCCUUUAGGCAUUUAUUACUUGCUUUUGGUGGACUUGCUGGGUUGGAAAAGAGUGUAGAUGAAGAUCAUAAUUUAAAGGGAAAAAAUGUGUGUGACAUAUUCAACUUGUAUUUGAACACGUGUCCGCAUCAAGGGAGUCGAACAAUUCGAACAGAGGAAGCACUCUUGAUAUCACUCCAAUACUUCCAAGAACCAAUAACUCGAGCAAUGCAAAGAGAUGCAAGCUGAAGAUAACUUGGGACUAUCAAAUAUGUUGAACCAUCGAGUUGUUUUUUCACAUCGUCGGGAACAGAUCGAAGAAUAUUUCUGUGUCUGUUUGCCUCCUAGGCCCUUAUUUCAGAUGCCUUUCUUUUAUAGUCGGGAUUGGACAACGCAACAAAAUAGGUUCUCUCUUCCCA